AUGGAUGUCUCCUACAGUUCGUCACAGGCCCAAGUCAUUGAGAACAUGUCGACCGGCGCUGAAGACACGUCUGUCGAGCGUCCUCGAACACCCGAACCAGUCCAGCGCUCACCACCAGAGUCAAGCAAUGACCGGAACCAGCAGCCUUCGCUACAAGAAAUCCUUCAAAUGACAUCUACCACAGUCAACUUCAUAUCAACCAUCACAGCACUCUUCAACGAGAAAGGGGAGCAGAGUCUGUGCUUCCGAGAAGAGCUCAGACGAAAAAUCCUCUUCACCGCGAUGACUGCACACGCCUGGGCGACCGCGAGGGUCGUGCACGAACACAGAGUCGCAGGAGACACGCUGCAAGCCGGCAUUCAGAAACUUUUGAAAGACGAAAAGAAUCAAGGCAGGUCAUCUCACCCCGUUUUUAGGUCGACGUUUGAUCGCAUACGUGCACAUUUGUCGGAGAUGUUUGAAGCCAUCAACAACACUGUCGCUAGCUUGACGGGGCUCAGUUGA